CUAACUCUUACCACCAUGUCCCGCAUCUUCAAACGAGCUAUGAGUUCUAAGGGCGGCCACAUGUCGCUCUCAAAGCUUCCGUCGCUGCCCACAGAACUGUUGCUGGAAAUCCUAGCUGCCGCAGAUGACGAAACCCUGCACGCGUUAGCCGAGGUGUCCAAGAAGUUUCACUGGCUGGCGAAGGAGUCCUUGCUACUGCGCCACAAGCUCGAGUUAUUUACGAAGAACGUCCUCAUAUCAUCCUCCGACGCUUUGCGCGCUCUUCGUUUGGCCCUCGCUCUCCGCGAUCCAGAUCCGAGUUCGCCUAUAGCUAACCGUCGACCGCUCCACAAAUUUGAAUAUGUCCCUCGGGACGGUCUGACAAAUGGCGGAGUGGAAAACCUACGACGCUUGCAGGCGCUAUUCAACCAUCUCAGCCCCUCCGUCUACAGAAUCUCCCACAUCCUCCUCACCUUCGACCGAAAUCUCAUCAAACGACCUGUGACUUGGAAUAUGGGCGUGAACGUCCCCAGACUUCUCCAAGCGCUAUGCGGACAGUCCCCUGUGGCGGUUAUUGUUUCCAAUACGGCCAUAUUCACCCACAAGGUCCGCGCCUUGCGGACGUGGAAUCCGUACACUCGGGAGCCGUACUGCAAACUGGAGCUGCACGAUGGCUCCAAGCAGUGGGUUGCCACAACUAAUGCACUCUCUUCCAUCGAGGCCGUAUAUCCGUUCGGUCCCGGCGAUCCGGCAACCGCUGCAAAGAAUACGAAAAUUGCAGCAUCGCAUGCGCGGCGUGACCCACUAUUACCGUGGACUUUACUCAUCAUCGACAAGACGAAAAUCACGACCCUCUUGCUCUCCGUAGAGCUCACUUUCUCGGCCUGGACGGCAAUACUGUCGGACCCCGGCUUAAUACUCCCCGCAUUACACACCGUCGCAAUAUGGUCGACCAAGAUCACUCCGAGAGCUUCUGUCGAGUUCUUGAAUCGACAUAGCGCAACGCUGACGACACUCACCUACAUGUCACCCGUCUUCCUUGCCAAGUACGACUACACAACCGCGCCUAUUUCUUGGAAGAAGCUUCAGCGGCUGACGGCAGUCGCCCACUACAUGAAUGUCCUCAACACAAACUACAAUUUGCCUUCCUUGACAAUGGUCGAAAUUUGGCCCAGCGACGUCGACACAGUGCGGAGCUCAUUGGCGCCCGCUUUGCAGGCCGUUUCUCGUCUGCCGGAGCUCGACACGCUCGCCCUUUGGUCGCUCACAGAGCCGGAUGUAUCAUUCUCGUGGCCCGUCUUGCCCAACGUCCGCACGCUCAUACUUCAGAAUGUCACCACACCGUUGGAUACCACGCGCCUGAUUGCGCUGUUGGCCAGCGCGCUCCCUGCGCUGCGCAGUUUCCAGGUCACCGGCGGCCCGCAUACCCGGACGACGCCGGCACGGGAGCUUUCAGAGGAGAUGAAGCGGUGGAAGGAGGACUUGCUGACCAAGAUGGAAGACGCGCGCAAUGAGAUGGGCGAUGUCCGCUGGAGCUUUGAUUGA